UAGAAACGUCAAAAAUUGCCUGUUGCAACACGCUUAAAACAAUUGCAUUAUUUUCACACUUCUGCAUUAGCAUUUCGGUCGCCGCUAAAUCUUUGUUUCAAGGCGCGAAAAGGUGAAGUGAGUACGAACGUGUUGAAUUUAAGUGCACUUACAUUCAGUGCAAAAGAAACUCGGUCAGUACAAUCCGAUCCGAAUCCGUUACAACAAAGAAGCGAUGCAGAUGACGUGUGCCAGUUGGUUUUACAUCUUAGCCUGAGCAUGCAUUCUCCGAAAUCACUGAAUGUAAACAUGAACAUGAACCCGCAUGUGUAUUUUCAUUUUAUGGAUGUUCUACGGCACCCGCUAGUACAACGAUUAGAAGAACUGCGUCAAAUAUUUGAGCUUGAAAACGUUCAUAAUUUGCAUGACAUAUUCCCAUUGCUGAUAAACUCCAUCUUCGAUCUCAAUGGUCCGGGAUGGAAUCUGCGCAAGAUAACGCGGGAAAACGCAAUGUUUGAGUUCGAGCUGCUGCACGAAUUUUUCUCUCCUUUGCGCGGUCCGAUGAUCCGGUUGUGCUAUAAACUAAUGGACAGAAGCAGCUAUGAAGUGCCUAUUAGAUAUUUGCCGGUUAAAAUGCAACAUAUGUUAGUUGCCGGUCUAUAUCCACCGUUUUAUUCCAAACGCGUAAGGAUAGAUCCGUUUAGACGACGCGUCGUAGCAUUAUCAUUAAAUUCAUUCGAAUAUUUUCUAAUGUUUUUUGCAUUGUACGGUUUAGUGCCACUCCGCAAUAUGUACCCUAACAUUGCAUUAAGCCCGGCAGAAAAUAGUCGUAGCGAAACGAUCUAUCUAAUUCUUGCGGCAGAUCUGUUCAUCGUUUCCGUACCGAGCCAUCCGGACGUGUACCUGUUGGCACAGGAAGUAGCUCCAAUGCGACCAGCCCCACCCAUAGCGCAUUCGAAAAAAAAGAACCUUAAAGAUCCUGCGAAAACAUUGAAAUAUUUGAUUCCUCAACGACUGUUUCUUCACGUGCCGGUUGUGAAACCGCAUCGCGUGGACGCUAUAGCCGAAGCCUUCCAUUGGCGCGCGGAGGGAGUCAUCUACAUCCUCACGGACAUUUGGCUCGGGACGGAGGUUGAUGAAUCGGCCAUCCUGCCCGACAUUGAUUUAGUGCGAUACGUGCGAAUACUGGUCAAACAGUUGCAUGGAUUUUCUAACUGCACGGAAGUGGGAACGAACACUCAGAUCGAGAUGUUACGCCGCGAUAUGGAGAGUUUGCUUGUACCGCGCAUUACCGUGUUUUUGCGCUACCUGUUCAUGCUGUGGCCACUGGACCAGUCUUUUAUGGACGUGCUGGAGUUGUGGCUUAGCUACAUUCAACCAUGGCGCUACAUCGACGGCAAACCACGCAAUCGCCAGUACGAGGAACCCAUCGACCCGCAGUACAAUGGAUUCAUCGCGAGCAACCUAAACGCGUACAGUGAAAUGUUCGUCUGGCUCAUGUCACGGAUAGCGGCCAGCGAGGAACCUAUACAGCGCUACACUAUGCUCUUGUUUCGCACGCUGAAAGUGUUUGGCCAGGGGAAUCUACUGCAGCUGCUGCGCGCUCAGAACGAACAUCAGUGUAGUAUCAAGAUGGCCUCAGACACCGUCGUUACCUUACUGCCGGUUAACCGCAAAAAGUACGAACUGAUUACGUUCCCAUUUGAUGAUCCGCGGCCCGGGCUUAUCCGACACGAAGGACUGCUGGUGUCAAUGUUCUCGGACGAGAUGCAGCUGACACUCGAAACGGUGACGGCCAACAUUUGUAGCCGUAUCCUGGACAAUCGUUCUGCGUUGGCCGCAAUGACUGCCGAAACGGAGUUUGCACGCUCAUCGUGGACGCGAUGGAUGCCGUUAAACUUGAUCCGACGCAUUGAGUACGACAGGGUGGCGGCGGAGCGGAUAGAGGAGCAACACCGUCUAGAGUUUGCGGUGCAAAUUCUCGAACAGAGCUUCUUUAUUGUACCGGUGUACAAAAAACGCGAACCAACAACCCCGACACCGAGCCCGUUUCAAUCCGAAAUUCCUGGUCCGCUGCUAAUUGGCAACAAUGCGCUGAAACCAAUCACCAGCAAUGAAUGUAAGUUUUUGGUACGUUUUCUUUAUCAAGUUAGUUCGAAAUUAAAUGUCAUGUUCGGUGACGAUAUGGUACGCCUGUGGGAUCGUGGGGGAAUAGUUGGCCGGAUUGCACGCCGAACGCUUGAGGCACCGUCUACAAUAUCAGAGUUUGUACGGAUGCCCAUCUGUACCCACGGUUCCAAAACGCUGGUUUUGACGAAAGUGGGGCCACGGAUUAGUUUGCGCUUUCUCGGUUCCUACAUGGCCAUCGUCACCAUCUGUAGUUCGUUUUUGUUUGGAUACAUUUUGUUCGGUGUACCGAGCUUCGGCUUUAUAGCUUUGUUACUCUUGGCGUUUGUGUUUGUGCUAGUGAAACCAGAAAGGAAAGAAGUUAAAUAUCUUCACUAGUGCGUUUCGGCUUGUGGAUGGUAAGAACGGGCUAUUGGUGUCUGCCGUAUAGCAUUGCCGAUCCUUCAGACGACAGUGUAACCGGCGCAAUUAUCUUCAGGACCUGCUACCAAGUUUCAUCAUGCCAACUUGUAUGAUGUAACUGUUUAAAAUAAUUCAUAUCGUUUAAGCAAAACACAGUUCUUUAAACUAAAUUGCCAUUUGGGAAAAAAUCGUGAAAUAUUAAGAAAGUUAAAAGCUGAAGGAGCGUCGGUAAAGGAAUGCUGAGAAAGGCUGACUCUAUUCAGGAAAAUAACUGAGUUCAACUAGACCUUAAAAUUGAAACUUGAUUUCCAUCGUUUGAUUUAGCAUUUCAACCAUUUCGCACAUCUCUUCUAAACAGCAACAACCAAUCAGUGUUUUCUUAAAUUCCCUUACCGAAGUGCCGUGUAAAUUAUACAUAUAUUUUCUUUAUUAAGCUUUUCUAAUCGUAUAACAAUGUGAAAAUAAUAUUCUACCAAUUUAUAAUGAAAACUGUGGAAGAAAACUAGCUUU